AUGGGUUCCAAGUUCGCACAAGCACUUUUUGCAAUGCUGCUAAUUGCUUCAAUGGUGGCAGUUAGCACAGCCAACAAGGAUUGGCAGCAGCGGAACUACACUGGCUGGGGUUUUAAUCAUGGUCCAUAUCACCUCAACAAGACAGAAGGACCCAACAAGAUCAUUGUUGGUGGCUCAGAAAAUUGGCACUAUGUUUUCAAGUAUGAUCCACCAACCAACUCCACAGGUCCUCACAGCGUAUACUUGCUACCAAACCUCUGGAGCUUCAUACACUGCGACUUAAGCCACGCCAAGAUGGUCGGAAGUCCGACACAAGGAGGCGGAAACGGCUUCGAGUUUGUGCUCAAGAGCUGGCAGCCUUACUACUUUGCCUGUGGUGAGCAUGGUGGUGCUCAUUGUAAAGACGGAAUGAUGAGGUUCUUCGUCUUCCCAAAGCUUCGCGGCUGGCAUUAUUGA